UCUGGCUCGGCGGCUCUGAGGCUGAGUGAGACUCUUUUGUUCCGUGUGACCCGCUGCAGGGAGCUGUGAGGAGAGCUGGGCGAGUUCGGAAUCCGCUAUGGAUACAGUGACCUAUGAGGAUGUGCAAGUGAACUUCACCCAUGAAGAGUGGGCUUUGUUGGAUCCUUCCCAGAAGAGUCUCUACAGAGACGUGAUGCUAGAAACCUAUGAUAAUCUCACUGCUAUAGGCUAUAAAUGGGAGGACCAGAAUAUUGGAGAACAUUGUCAAGGUUCUAGAAGACAUGGAAGGUAA